CUGCCAGCUGCCAGCCGCAGCCCCCGUCGAGCCGGAUAUCCAAGGGUGACAGUCAUGGCAAGCACGAGCCAGACGAGCAAGCCUGCAGCAGAUGGCGGCGAUCCAGACUCUGGACUACCCGCUGUGCCCGACCUGGCACUCGCACAGGCGACCUUUGUGCUCUCCCAAGCUCAUCUGCACUCGAUCCACGGUGAGGCGCUCAGGACGCUCACAGAGGGCAUCAAGCUUCACGCCAUGGGUCCCUACCUCUCACAGCUCCUCGGCGAGUCGUCCGAGUCCAGCUCGAGCAGUACAACACCUGCGCCCAUCAGUUUGCCCGCUUACGCAAGCCAGUUACGUCAAGCUGUCUCGUUGGAGGAAGUGCAAAAGGCCAACAAGGAAGAGCGAGAGAAGUUGCAGGCAAAGGUAGACGAAGCGCUCGUGCCCGGGGCAGAGCUGGAAGUCGUCGAUGCACUCAAGGCGAAAGCGCUCUAUCUCGCCCAGAUCGGCAACAAGACUGAAGCGAACGAAGCCUACGAAGCAGCGUAUGCAAAGACAGCAGGCAUCGGGUCCAAAAUCGACAUGCGGCUCGCCAUGAUCCGAUUGGGAUUCUUCCACUCCGACCACAAGAUCAUCAAGGCCAACAUCGACAAGGCAAAAGCGCUCGUAGACGAAGGAGGAGAUUGGGACAGGAGGAAUCGACUGAAAGCAUAUGAAGGAACUCAUCUGCUCAUGCUGCGCGAUUUCAAGACCGGCGGCCAGCUUCUCAUCGAUACCUUGUCGACGUUUGGCGCAGUAGAGCUCAUGUCACUCGACGACUUUGUGCGACUGUGCAUCAUCGUCGGCGUACUUACGCUCGACCGUAAAGAUCUCAAGAAAAAGAUUAUCGAUGCACCCGAAGUGAUACAGGUCUUGCCCGAGUCGCCCCACUUGCGAUAUCUCGCAAGUUCUCUGCACGAUUGCGACUACGCCCAAUUCUUCCAAUCUCUCGCCGAUGUCGAGCAACAUCAUCUCAAGACCUCGCGGAUCCUCUACCUUCACACGCGCUACUACGUCCGCGAGUUACGUCUGAAGGCUUAUGCGCAGCUGCUCGAAAGCUAUCGCUCCGUCACGCUACAGAACCUCAGCAAAGCGUUCAAUCUUUCCGAAGACUUUCUCGAUGCAGAUCUCGCAAGAUACAUUGCUGCAGGUCGACUGAGAGCUUCGAUCGACAAAGUCAACGGAGUCGUCGAGACGACUCGCUCGGACACGAAGAAUGCGCACUACGAGGCAGCGCUCAAGCAGGGCGAUUCGCUCCUCAAUGGCUUGCAGAAGCUCUCCCGUGUGUUGGGUUGAACCGUUUCAAUGCAUCAGAUACAACAACACGCGAAGAGACAGGAUCAGUAGCGUUCUCUUGGCGAGCGUGUCCUCCUCCUCGAUCGCUCAGGCGAUCGUGACCUGCUCCUUCGUCUCGAGCUACGAUCAUCUCUCCGACGGUCAUCAUCAUAUCUCCGGGGCGGGCUACGACUAUCAUAUCGUCUUCGAUCGGUAGCACGUCUGUUCGCACGACGAUCCUCUUUGUCUGCCCGUCGUUGCUCUUUCUCUGCCCUCCGGGCUUCCUUGCGCGCUUUCCGUUCCUCUUCGCUCUCGCC